AUGGCGCCUGUGUUUAUGGGAUUGUCUGGUAAUAUUAACAAGCAAGAAUGUCAGAAGGACGGACUUGCCAGUCUGAAGAUCUGGAUUCUGCCAGGCUCAAAAAACCUCUCGUGGAAACAAAAAAGAAGGCUCACAACGAAGCUAAGUGAAAUAGUUAAGUUUCGGGACGAGCAGAGGAAGAAGGAUGAGCUCGAAAAGAGGAAAGGGCGAGCAAUAGCUGAAAGAAGAGAACAAGAGUUGCUCAAAAUCACCCAGAGAAACGAGAUUUACGCCCUCAACGAAACAAUGAAACGACUCGAAGGCGCUAACUUCAAAGAAUACGCUGCCAAAAGGAGUUCAUGUUGCCAUGGAAACGAUAACAAAGUUGGAAAUCGUUUGGGGGCUGUAUGAUGUAGAUAUUUAAUUAGAAAUGUAAUUAACCAAUUAAAUAAUCAUUAAUCAAGAGUAUUUAAGUUCAAAGGUUUUAGUGAUUUUAUUAUUUGUUAUUUUAGACAGCCUCGUCAGCAUCUCUUUUAUA